UAUUCACCGAAUCCAACUAUCUACUGUUAAGGGAAAGAAGAUGAAUUUGAGAUUGAAGCAGUAUUCCAUUUUCGCUCAAUGUUACUUUCUCUGCCUCUGUUGCUUCUUCUUCUUCUUCUUAUCGUUUCAGGUUUCCAAAGCUCAAAAUGCUACUACAGACCCAUCUGAAGUUGCCGCUUUGAACUCAAUACUCCAACAGUGGAAUGCUCCGGCGGUAGCUUUAUGGAACAUAAGUGGAGAGCCAUGUAGCGGAUCUGCCAUCAACGGCACGGGAUUUGAAGACCCUGCGAACAACCCAGCAAUUAAGUGCGACUGUAGUUAUGAUAAUGCUACAGUGUGUCACAUAAAUAAAUUGAGAGUGUAUGCUCUAAACAAGGUGGGAGCUUUUCCAGAAGAAAUUGUGGCUUUGGGAUAUCUGACAAUUUUGAAGAUUGAUCAAAAUUACUUCACGGGUACCUUGCCAGCCUUUAUUGGGAGUUUAUCCGAACUGAAGGAACUGUCAAUUGCCCAUAAUGCAUUCCAAGGGACCAUCCCUAAGGAGCUAGGAAACCUUACGGAGUUAACACUGCUGUCUAUUGGUAAUAACAAUUUCUCUGGAACACUCCCUCGAGAACUUGGUAACUUGGUCAAACUAGAGCAACUUUAUGCAGACAGUUCUGGAGUGGGUGGUGAAAUUCCUUCAACAUUUGCUAACCUUCGAAAAAUGCGAGUCCUUUGGGCAUCAGACACUCCUUUCACUGGAAACAUACCUGAGUUUAUUGGGAACUGGACGGGACUUACGCAAUUGAGAUUUCAAGGGAACUCCUUUGAAGGUCCAAUACCAUCCAGUUUUUCUAUGUUGACUUCAUUGAAUUCUCUACAGAUUAGUGAUUUAUACAAUGUGAGCUCUUCCCUUGAUUUCAUUGGGAGCAUGAAGAACUUAACAGACUUAUAUUUGAGAAAUGCUCUGAUCACUGGAAAUAUUCCUUCUGAUAUUGGAGAAUACCGAAGUUUACAAAAAUUGGAUUUGAGUUUCAACAAGUUAACCGGCCAAAUACCUAGUGAUUUGUUCAAUAGGAGUUCUCUUACACACCUGUUUCUUGGAAGCAAUAGUCUUUCUGGAACGCUUCCUAGCCAAAAAAGUGAUACGCUUCAGAAUAUAGAUUUAUCUUACAAUGAACUAUCAGGAAGUUUUCCGACAUGGAUAACCACCUCAAAUUUACAACUUAAUUUUCAAGGAUUGGAUUGUCUACAGAGGAACUUUCCGUGCAAUAGGAAUUCUCCACUCUACGCGAACUUCUCAAUCAAAUGCGGUGGCCCAAUGAAGAGAUCUGCCGAUGGCAUAGUGUAUGAGGCAGAAAACACAUCUCUUGGUGCAGCAUCAUUCAAUGUCACCAGUUUAAACAAAUGGGCAGUGAGUAAUGUGGGGUUGUUUUUUAACGGCGAAAGUCCAUCAUAUGUGAGAAAUUCCUUGGCACAAGUAACUGGGACGAACACCCCGGAGCUUUUCCAGACAUCGAGAAUAUCACCUGGAUCACUUAGAUACUAUGGCCUGGGUCUUGAGAAUGGAAAUUACACUGUAAACAUGCUAUUUGCAGAAACAGUCUUUAAAGAUCGAAGCACACAAACUUGGGAGAGUCUAGGAAGGCGUGUAUUUGAUAUCUAUAUUCAGGGGAGUCUUCAAAAAAAGGACUUUGACAUAUCAAAGGAGGCAGGUGGUGUUGGGAAAGCAAUCCAAAAGGUUUUCAAUGCUACUGUGUCUGAGAACUACCUCGAAAUUCAUUUGUUUUGGGCUGGUAAGGGGACCUGCUGCACACCAAAGCAAGGUGACUAUGGGCCAAUGAUUUCAGCCCUCCAUGUUGUUUCAGAUUUCCGGCCAACUGUUAGUGGGAUUCCACCAAGUACACCAAAAGGGAAGAGCAGGACAGGAUUGAUUAUUGGCAUUGCAGUCCCUGUGGGAGUUGUGAGCUUGAUACUGAUAUUUGCAAUUUGUUUUCAGAAAAGAAAAUCAGGCAGCAGUGAUGAGGAAGAGCUUCUUGGCAUUGGCCCUAGACCAAAUACUUUUAGUUAUGCUGAGUUGAGAUCUGCCACAGAAGACUUUAUUCCUUCAAACAAGCUAGGAGAAGGGGGGUUUGGACCUGUUUACAAGGGUACGCUUUCUGAUGGGAGGGUAGUGGCUGUGAAGCAACUUUCAGUAGCAUCUCACCAAGGGAAGAGUCAAUUUAUAACCGAGAUUGCUACCAUAUCUGCAGUACAACAUCGCAAUCUUGUGACUCUGUAUGGAUGCUGCAUCGAAGGAGAUAGACGUCUCCUGGUUUAUGAAUAUCUUGAGAACAAAAGCCUUGAUCAAGCACUCUUUGGAAACAAUAGCUUGCAUCUUGAUUGGCCAACCCGAUUUAGCAUAUGCUUAGGAACUGCAAGAGGGCUAGCUUAUCUUCAUGAGGAGUCAAGGCCGAGAAUUGUACAUCGAGAUGUCAAAGCUAGUAAUAUUUUAAUUGAUGCAGAACUGUGCCCGAAAAUUUCAGAUUUUGGAUUGGCAAAGCUAUACGAUGAUAAGAAAACACACAUCAGCACUCGAGUAGCUGGGACCAUUGGCUAUCUAGCACCAGAGUAUGCAAUGCGUGGGCACUUAACAGAAAAGGCAGAUGUUUUCAGUUUUGGUGUUGUUGCUUUGGAGAUCCUGAGUGGGAGGCCAAACUCAGACAAUAGCUUGGAUACCGAAAAGAUUUUUCUGCUAGAAUGGGCAUGGACUCUACGUGAAAAUAACCAAGCUUUGGGACUAGUGGAUCCCAGAUUACUGGAGUUUGAUGAAAAUGAAGCCACUCGAUUGAUAGGAGUGGGUCUUUUGUGCACUCAAGCAUCACCAAUGAUGCGCCCACCCAUGUCACGUGUCGUAGCCAUGCUUGCCGGAGAUAUUGAAGUGGGCACCGUUACAUCAAAGCCAAGUUAUAUAACGGAAUGGAAUUACAAAGAUAUAACAAGCAACUUUUUAAGUGAAGAAGAUACUCCGUUAGCCACUCCUCGUGGUAGCAGCCAGCCAAAAAUCCAAGAUGGCCACGCAACUAGCGUAAGGCCAAGGAAUGAUCCAAUGCCCUCACCUACUAACGUCACUGAAUCAAUGAUCAGUGAUAUUAUUGGAGAAGGAAGGUGAACAGUAUCUUGUCCUUGCUUUAUAAUCGUGUCACUCACAGGGGUUAUCCACUUUGCCUUAGCAUGGAGGGGUACUUCUGCUUCUGUUUAUGCAUACUGGUUGCCUUAUUUCUGCAUAUGUUUAAAGAGUGCAAUCCAUAUAAGCAGCUUCCCAAACCACUACUGGAGUUUAUGCAUAUCUUGAUUUUAUACAGAAAUUUGUAUGGAAAAUAUAUGUUACAUUAUUAAUAAGGUAACUUUUCAUGUUUA